UUAUAGUAUAUCACAUUUUCCUUUACGCGAAACAUAGACGACAGAAUCUACGCUCGUGACGGUCACAGCAUAACAAUAUAGUAACCAUCCACGACCAAUUCCACAAUGACCAGCCAAAGAUCCAACACCACAAUCACUCCCGUCCGAACAACCACAGAUCUCGAAGCAACCAAAGCUCUCUUCACCGCCUAUGUCGACUGGCUCGAUCUCGAUCUCAGCUUCCAGGACUUUGAAACAGAAAUGGCCUCAAUGCCUGGAAAAUAUGCUCCUCCAACAGGCGAACUACUCCUCGCGCGAGACACUCAAACAGAGACACCUCUGGGCUGUAUUGCGCUGCGACCCCUACCCGGAGCUGGCGCACAAGGAGGCAACAACCGACCUGCUGGUAUCUGCGAAAUGAAACGUCUCUACGUCAGCCCGCUGGGUCGAGGUCGUGGGCUGGGCAAAGAGCUAGUCAAGGUGAUCAUCGAGACUGCGAGGAGUUUGGGAUACAGUGAAAUAAGACUGGAUACACUUCCGAAGAUGGAGGCUGCGAGGAGGUUAUAUCAUUCAUUCGGGUUCCGGGAGAUCGAGCCGUAUUACGAUACCCCGCUGGAAGGAACGAUCUUUUUGGGAUUGCGAUUGGGGUAAUUUCUUACGGAUGUUUUUCAUGGUAUGAGG